AGGGGGGAAUGGUGGGUGGUGGGGGGCGCUGGAAUGUGUGGCGGGUGACAGGGGGCGGUGGGGGGCGGGGUCCUCGCCUCCAGGGUGGCCCCGCUCAGCCAGCAGGGCGGCGGGUCCUGCGCCGCGACACGCUCAGGUAUUUGGUGCUGAGGCGGCAAGGCGCGGGAGGCAGCCAGGGUGAUGACGACGAUGGUGGGGGGUGGGGGCGGGGGUGUGGGUGGUGAGGGUGGAUCAUGCCCUUAUCUGACCAUCGAGCGGCGUGCCGGCGCGGCGCCCAUCAAAGGGACGCCGUCGGCAGCACAAGAGAGGUGCCAGGGCCUCGGGUCGGGCCGGGCCGAGGGCGCCCCUGUCGGGAGACGGAACCGACGUGCGCGGAAACGAGACAAUAAGAGAAUCCGGAUACAGUUUGUCGGCGGGUGUCGGUGUCAAUGUCGGUGUGGGAAAACAAGCAUUAGUCAGACCACAGGCAGCCGGGGCGGGAGGCGGGAGGGGGCAGGUAAGCACGCCGAACAGUUCCCGCUCACCGGACACGCCCCUCGCUCACCGCUCGACUUCCUCUCCGCCCCCACGGAACACGGGAACCAAUGGGCGACCGCCCUGCACGAGGCUCCUCCCUCCCUCCCUCCACCACCAGUAGCGCCGCUCCCCGCUGCUCCUCAGCAGCCAAUGGUCGGCCCUUCUGCCCCCAGCGCUUCUCUUCGGUAUAAAUUGUGGCACCGUCCUGCGCUACACUCAUUCUGCCCCAGUGACGCUGACGACGCGGCCAUGGUAGCGUCUCCUCCCAGCGUGCCCUGCCUGCCGGGCCUCGGCGCUAGGCUACCCCCCGGCACCCUGGGCUCCGCCUUCACGCCCCUCUCCCGGGACCACCGCGCCCUGCACCUGUUACAGUCACUGCCGCUGCUGCAGUCUGCGGGCGGCGCGGCCAAGCCGCUUCCGCCGCCCCUGGGGAUGGACCCCCGGUUGGCGGGGCUGCUGCAGGGCUGCAACCCCUUGGGCCAGCUUCCGUGGGCGGCGCUGGGCGCGGGCGAGCUGGCCCUCAACCGGCUGCUGCUGACUCCCGGGGGCCGCCUCAGCAGACCCAAGAAGCGGUACAUCUGCAAGUAUUGUCAGCGGGAGUUCACCAAGAGCUACAACCUGCUGAUCCACGAGCGGACCCACACGGACGAGCGGCCCUUCCCCUGCGACAUCUGCGGCAAGGCCUUCAGGAGGCAGGACCACCUCCGCGACCACAAGUACAUCCACAGCAAGGAGAAGCCCUUCAAGUGCGAGGCGUGCGGCAAGGGCUUCUGCCAGGCGCGCACGCUCGCCGUGCACAAGGCGCAGCACGCCCACGACGUCCCGCCCACGCCCGCCGUCCCGCACACGCCGCCCUCCGCGCCCGCCGCCGCCCGCCUCGAGGCCGACGAGGUGGUGGACGUGCUGCACUGCGACGACGACGAGGACGACCACGUGAUGCAGACGCUGACGGAGGAGGACGAGGAGCUGCAGCCCGCGGCGCCGCCGCCCCCCAAGAGGCUCGGCUUCUCCAUCGCGGACAUCAUGAGCAGAUAGAGGCGCGAGGGGCGCCGCGCCGCCCCCCAAGAGGCGCGGCUUCUCCAUCGCGGACAUCAUGAGCAGACACAGGCGCGACGGGCGCCGCGCCGCCCCUCAAGAGGUGCGGCUUCUCCAUCGCGGGCAUCAGCAGCAGAUAGAGGCGCCGCGCCGCCUCGCCCUGUCCUCUGUGCCUCAUGGCGCCAAUGUAUUUAAGUCACAUUGUAUAUAAUGUACAAACAAAUGUAUUUAUUAAAUAACAUUACUUUUUAA